AUGUGGAUAUAAGGAAAUAAUUGUUAUGCAAUUUAAAAUUGAUAGAUGAGAUUGACUCUGUGAAAGUUGAUCAAAAUGAACGCUUUUAAGCUUUAGGAAUGUAAUUAAAUUUAAAUUAUAAGAUUAGUUUUCCUAAGGAUUUAGAAGAGUACUAAAAAAAGUUAACUUAGAGGAAAAUGAAGAAAAUAAUGAAAUUCAAAAAAUUGGAAUAGGUUUUGGAUGUUGAUAAGGUGGAGAUAAGAGAAGAUUAAUUAGCUGAAGAAGAUGACAAUUUAACAGAAAAGACAAUCAUUGAUAUACAUAAUUUGACAGAGAGUCUUAUAACAAAAGCUUAACAAAGCAAUAUAGAGAAAUUGUUUGAGGUUUAAUAGGAAUUGUUGGAAUAUUAGAAAUUACAUUAGGAAAUACGAACUAAAAUAUAUGAAGAAUAAAUAUAAAAAUAAUAAAUAUGA